AUGAAGGGCUUUCCCAACGCUCUCCUUGCCACCUCGCUGGCCCUCCUCGGCCGGGUCUCUGCUGCCCCAGCUGAGCCCCCUACCCAGGUGUUGGACAAGCGGGCCGCCCCGACUGUCACCAUUUCCACCGGUACGAUUGUGGGUGCUAACGGCAUCCUCACUGAGGCCUUCAACGGAAUUCCCUACGCACUUCCUCCCACCGGCAAUCUGCGCCUCAAGCCUCCCGUGAGACUUAAGUCGUCUCUGGGUGUCUUUGAUGCGUCUGGCAUCGGCCCUGCUUGCCCCCAGUUCCUUGCCGACACCUCGUCGAACGAGUUUCUGCCUCAGGUUAUCGAUAAGAUCGUUAACACGCAGCUCUUCAAGACCAUACUCAACGUCAAGGAGGACUGCUUGACCAUCUCGGUCACUCGUCCCAAGGGCACCAAGGCUGGUGAUAAGCUCCCCGUCCUUUUCUGGAUCUUUGGUGGUGGUUUCGAACUCGGAUCGGCCUCCAUGUACGAUGGCGCUCCCCUAGUCACCAAUGCUAUCAACAUGGGUAAGCCGUACGUCUACGUUGCCGUCAACUACCGUGUCGGUGGUUUUGGUUUCAUGCCCGGAAAGGAGAUCCUUAAGGACGGCUCCUCCAACUUGGGCCACCUCGACCAGCGCAUGGGCCUCCAGUGGGUUGCCGACAACAUUGCUGCCUUCGGCGGUGACCCGGACAAGGUCACUAUCUGGGGCGAGUCCGCCGGUGCCAUGUCCGUUUUUAACCAGAUGUCCCUCUACGAUGGUGACAACACGUACAACGGAAAGCCCCUUUUCCGUGGCGCUAUCAUGAACUCUGGUUCCAUCGUCCCCGCCGGCCCCGUCGACUGCCCCAAGGGCCAGAAAGUCUACGACACCGUCGUCAAGAACGCCGGCUGCUCUGGUGCUGCUGACACCCUUGCUUGCCUGCGCGCUCUUCCCUACGAGACUUUUCUCAAAGCCGCUAACUCCGUGCCUGGGAUUCUGUCGUACAACUCCGUUGCUCUUUCUUACCUCCCGCGUCCCGAUGGGAAGGUUUUGACUCAGAGCUCCGAUAAGCUCAUGCUUGCUAAGAAGUACGCCGCCGUCCCCAUGAUCAUCGGCGAUCAAGAGGACGAGGGCACUCUCUUCUCCCUCUUCCAGAGCAACAUCACCACCACCAGCAAGCUGGUCAGCUACCUCAACGAUAUCUUCUUCAACGACGCCACCGAGUCGCAGAUUAAGUCUCUCGUCUCGACCUACAGUACCCUUAUCUCCGCCGGCUCGCCCUUUGGCACCGGCCUCUUCAACGAGAUUUACCCCGGCUUCAAGCGCCUGGCCGCCAUCCUCGGCGAUCUCAUCUUCACCCUAAGCCGCCGCAUCUUUCUCGACGCCGCCACCACUCUCAACCCCUCGGUGCCCGCCUGGUCGUAUCUUGCGUCUUACAACUUUGGCACCCCCAUCCUCGGAACCUUUCACGCCUCCGAUAUCCUGCAGGUGUUCUACGGCAUCCUGCCCAACUACGCCAGCAAAAGCAUCCAGUCUUACUACGCCAACUUUGUCUACAACCUUGACCCCAACGACGCCUCCGGUGGCACUUCCUCUAAGAGCAAGGUCGGCCAGGAUUGGCCGCAAUGGCAGAAGGAGAGAAAGCUGGUCCAGUUCUUUGCGGACUAUGCCGGAUAUCUAACGGAUGAUUUCCGCUCUGACUCGUAUAACUGGAUUAAGGCUAAUAUUGAUGCUCUUCACAUCUAA